AUUUUUGUAGUAAGACUGAGGACUUUGACAAAGAGUUUCAUGACCAUCCGUCUCACCCACUUAGUUCCGCCAGAAUGGCCCAACUGAGCCGCCUCGCGAUUGUGCUGCUCACGCUGUGCGCUGUGUGCCGGCUCUCCUUCGCCUUCGCUAUGGAUAAGCUGGCUGACGCCAAGCUCUGCGUGGAUGAGGAAUGCUCGCGUACUAUAUCCGUGGCGAGGGUCAUCGAGGACUUCAUUGCUCCGGAUUGCAGGUUCAUCAACCUCAGGCAGGGUCAAACAGUGUAUGUCUAUUCCAAGCUGGUGGCAGAAGAGGGUGCAGGUGUCUUCUGGUCUGGAAGUGUCUACAGUGACAGGUAUGUGGAGCAGAUGGGAAUUGUCGGCUACUUCCCCAGCAACCUGGUGAAAGAGAUGCAUGUGUUUGAGAAGGCAGAGGUCGAGCUUCCCACUCAGGGUGUUGACUUCUACUGUAUUUGAAUCUCAAAGGAGGAAGUAACGAGAAACUGCCUUACAUUCAUAUUGUAUUCCUUCUCCUCUUGUAUUUCCUUUAAUCUGCCUUGGGAAAGGGGAAGUGCUCAAAAGAAGGAGAAACCUGAAACCAGGCGUCUGUCUCCGACAUGCAUCUCGUCUUGCUUUGAUAUAUAUCCCGCAUUCAUAUAAAUAUAUAGCGUGACUGUUUUUUUCUCCAAUAAAAUGUGUUGCCCAUUUGGAAAUGUUGUACGGUAGAUUUGAAUUAAAUAAAGAAAAGUGGGUAGACAAAAAAAAGCAAAC